GAUAUCAUUUUUCUGUACCAUUUACCAGCGGUGGUCGGGGCUCACGAUGGACAUGGGGUUGGCGCUUUUGGAUUUGAAGUUGGCGCUGUUCGAAGGCUUCCGGAUCCCGGUCCUCACACCAAGUUGCAGCUCGGAUUUGGCAGGUUUGGGACGUCGUCACACGGUAUGGCCAAAACGGAGAGGGACUCUGAUGAGGGGAGGCUUGCAAGCGGCGGACAGAGGCCCAGAGUGAGGAGAAUGAUGGUGCGCGCUCAGGGCUUUCUUGACCGCCGACGGCAGCCAUAUCGUUCUUUACACUUCCCGUCCCCAACAAACAAAGCGCCAGCAGAGGGGCUUUUGAAGUCCCACACCACGCGAUCCCUCAUCCUUUCUGUCCUUGUCUCGUUCGUGCCGUGAAGACAGGAAAAGCAUAACUUCCCUCAUCACCGUCCCUCGUUUCCCGCCCAUCACCUCAUUCCAAAAUGCCAAAUCUCGAUACUCCUCUCUUCUUCUUUGGCGUGACGACUGGUAUCGCCCUCGCCGCCGCCACCCAAUACCUCCUCAACAGCGCGGUCAACGCAAAGCACAGGAAGAGAGACCAGGGUGUCUCAGAAGUCGAUAGGUCAGAAGCGCUCCUCGGCGUGCCACUGACGCACGAUGCCGCACAGCUGGAGAUGCGGUCUUUCACAGAGUCCCUGCUCGGCUCCACCUCCGCAUCCGGGAACGUCCUGCAGUCGCCGACAGCCGUAAACGUCGGCACCACGCAUGGACGCCGACCAUCUUACAGCGUUCCUUCGUUCGUCGCUGCGGACGGUACGUUACCGCAACUCGAACGCGAGUUCACCGUCCCGCCGCACCGAUUGCAGACCAUGGUCAGACACCUCGUGAACGAGAUGAAGAAGGGCUUGGAUGCGGACGGACAUACCCUGAAAAUGAUCCCGUCGUACGUCGUCGCGAGACCAAAAGGACAAGAAACGGGGUCGUACCUCGCUCUGGAUUUCGGAGGGUCGAAUUUCCGGGUGUGCUUGGUUGAACUGCGGGGCAACGGACAGAGCCGAGUGCGUCAGUCGAAACACUCCAUCUCGGAUGAGCUCAAGAAGGGGAAAGGAGAGGCUCUCUUUGACUUCUUUGCCAAGUGUAUUGGGGAAUUCUUAAUUUCCAUCGGUCAAGAUGUCCUCGAGCCCCGCAAUAUCGGCUUUACGUUCAGUUUCCCCGUGCAGCAGACUGCUCUCAACCACGGCGCUCUCAUGCACUGGAACAAAGGUUUUGAGUGCAGCGGAGUUGAGGGCCAGGAUGUGGUCGGGCUCCUGAACAAAUCGCUGAGGAAGGCCAAUUACAAACUCACUGUCACCGCGUUGGUCAACGACACCGUCGGAACGUUGAUUUCGCACGCAUACCGCGAUCCCCAAACGUUUGUGGGAGUGAUUCUCGGCACGGGCACCAACGCCGCGUACGUCGAGAAAAUGGAGUACAUCAAAAAAUGGAAGGGAAAGAAGACCACUGGCGAAAUGGUCAUCAACACCGAAUGGGGAGCCUACGACGAGCAGUCUGUACUGCCGCUCACCAGCUGGGACCGCAUGCUGGACCGCGCAUCGCUCAACACGGGGAAACAGAUCUUCGAGAAGAUGAUCUCUGGCAUGUACCUCGGCGAAAUCGUGCGGUACAUCCUCAUCGACCUCGUGUCGACGGGCGAGCUGUUCAAAGGCACCUCGUCUAAACCGCUGCAGGUCCCUUACAAGUUCGAGACGGCUUACAUGUCGCGAAUCGAGCGUGACCAUUCACUGGAGUUGUCUGACACGAAAGUAGUUUUGGAGGAUAUUAUGGAGAUCCCGGCAACGUCGGUGCAGGAUCGACGGGUUGUGAAGCAUGUGUGUGAGCUUGUGGGCAUUCGCGCGGCUCGGCUGAGCGCUGCUGGUGUCGCUGCUAUCAUCACCAAAAUGAACCGGUUUGAUGCUUGCACGGUCGCUAUUGACGGAAGUGUCUUUGAACACUACCCCCACUUUGCCAACCGCAUGCGCGAUGCAUUACGUGAAUUGCUGGGUAUCAUGGCCGAAAACGUCGUUUUGGAACAAGCACGAGAUGGGUCUGGGGAAGGCGCCGCUCUCAUCGCUGCCUUGCACGGAAAGUGAGGGGCCGAAUCGAGUUUCUUUCCAACUCCUCUCGAUAGGAUUCUCCUUUCCGCCAACAUACCCCAUCGCACCCGGGCCUGUAUAGACGCAGCGACAAUCCAGCCCAGUGGGCUCCCGCUGUGAAAACAUAAUCCCCGUAGAGAUGACUUUCUCUGUUCCCGAUUGUUGCAUCCUUAGUUUCACCACCAAGUUGCCGCUGUUUGUACUUGUCUGAUUGGACUUUUGGGGUUUCCUUGAUAUUUGUAAAUAUUAUGGACCUCCUUUUAAUUCAUGCACUGAUGCCAC